UUAACAAUUAAAGGAGAAUAUAUGAAAGGAGCAUAUAUGCAUUGAUUUUGAGAAGAAGAAGAAGCAAGUAUAUGGAGGCAAGGGACUUCCGACAAAGACAUAUCGGUUACUAGCGACUAUUAUAACAGGAUCGGGUCUGUUUGAGCACUAACGACACGAUUGUUCGUUCCCCUUCAAGCACAACAUAUGGUGGCAUUGUGAGUGGAGACAAUGACUGCUUUCUCGAAAUAUUUUUUCAUGAAUCUUGAGGUUUGAGUUUCUAUCACUCGUGGAGAGCUUUAUGGGAUUGUGCAUGGUUUGAAACCACUCGGGAAACACACUUGCAACGACUCUCGUCGAGGUAAACCACUAUAGAUAUGUGGCGAAGAUCAGGCGCUGUUUAGCAAAGCCUUGGCAAGUUGGAAUGAAAAUAUCUAUCGUGAGGCAAACUAUGUUACAAAUUCUAUUGCGUUUUUAGACCACUCUCUUUCUAUUGGAGCCCAUGUUUUUCCCGAACCUCAGAAUAAAUUGUUGUAUUUGUUUGUAUUUUGACAUUAUUAGAAUCCACACCCCUCAUUUAUUAAAAAAAUUGAAACCCCUAAUCGAAUAUUGGGGAAAAAAACGAAUAUAUUUUCUUUGAUGAUACAAUUUAUUCACUGUUUUAGUGUUUUUAUUUUGAGUUUCGACUUUCGAAAAAAAAAAAUCUAUUUUUCGUCGCCCGUCGGCGAGACAAUAAACGAAGGAAGAAAAAACAAUUUCCCGAGAGCGAGACAAUCUCCCAUCUCCCCGUUGGCUGUUGGGAGAGCAAGAAAAACUCUGCAAACUUGCUAUAGACCUGCUGAAUAAGCCCUCUGCUUCGGCGCCUACUCUAGGGUUUCUCCACUUCCCUCCUUCUUCUCCGAUUCGCAUAUCUCAGGUACGCUUCCCCUCUAUAACUUCAUCUAUCUCCACUUCCCAGACUUCCAUUCGGUCUCCCAAUGAAUCUCUCGCCGUGUAGCCAUCCUUCUCCUUGUUCGAUUGUAGCUUCCUUCAUUGAAGCCGUCAGAAGUAAGUAGGGGCUAGGGCUGUGGAGCUUUCUAUCAGUCAAUCUGCAUCCUCGCGUAGUUGGGAUUCACUAGCGGUGCUCAUUCCUGUUUCGCGAGAAUGCAAUCUUGGAAUUUUCUAUAGUUAUUCAACAUUUUUUCAUAAUGGUGUGUAGAUGCAGGGUAAGAAUUAGAAGUGCUUGAUCCUAGUGGGUUUUCUUUAGGUUAAAGGGUAGCAAUUUCUAUAAUAUUAUUGACUUUCUAGAUGCCAGUGAACAGUUAAAGGUUGUUGAUUUCGAUUAAGAUCUCGUUGUAUACGGAGUUGCACUCUUGAAUAGGGAUAUAUUAAUUGAAAGUCGGAAGGGUGUAUGUAUGUUGUUUCUACUGAAAGUAGUGGUGCAGCUAUUUGCAGGAUUUGAUGGAUUCACCUGAACGUGGCAGAAGGGAUUCGAAGCGAGAUGUAGGUGAUAGUUCGGACAUAAAGAGUGAUAGGGCAGGAGAUGAUGAAGAUAUGGAGGGAAGUGAUAAAAGGAAGCAUAGGUCAAGUAAGUCUAGAAAGUUGAGCAAUGGGGAUGAAGGUGAUGGAUUGGAUGGCAGUGGGAGGCGGAGAAGUGGUGGUGGGGACAGAAGCGAGAGCCGUAAGAGGUCAGGUGGUGGCAGCUCUAGCAAGGUUGAGAGUGAUGAGGAUGAUUACGAGGCUCGGAAAGAGUCGAGGGCAAAACAAGCAAAGAGGAAACAAGAAGAGAGUAGCUUGGAGAAGUUGAGUAGCUGGUACCAAGAUGGAGAGUUAGAAACUAGGGGAGAUAAGUCUGGAGGUAAAGCACACGGGCUUCGUCCUGAUGAGAGCGAUAGAAGGAAGUCGACUUCAAAGGUUUCUGAACAUGAAAGUUCUAAGGGUGGAAGUAAAAGCAAAGAUGAAAGAUUGGUGGAUGGAGAACAUGAGAAGGCACUGGAUAAAGAAGCAAAGCAUUCUGAGAGGAGAGAGAGCAGUCGAGAGAAGGGUCACGGCUCUUCUGAACAGGGGAAAACCUCAAGGAAGAAAUUGGAUGAAUCAGAUCCUGAUAGGAAAGCUGAAGAUAAUGAAAAUGCUGACACGAGAGUGGGCAAGUCUUCUGAUUCUAAGCAUGAGAACCCCAAAGAGAAAAGUGUUUCUGUGAAAGCUGAACAAAGUGAAACCAAAGGCAGAAAUGUGGAUGUGAGCAGCGAGAAAAGUUUGAAAAGCAUCAGCAAAGAUGAUAAAAGAGUUGAUGCUGAAAGAAGUAAGAGCAAAAACAGAUCAGAAGCUGUAGAGGAAGAUAAUAAAAGUAGUCCUGCCAGUCGUGAGGACAGGUUGGGUCGUGAGAAAACUGAGAAGCAUAGGCAGCAGAGGUCUUCUUCUGGUAAGGAUGUUACUGAAAACCGUGAGAGAUCCUCCCAUUUAGAGGAAGAUGGAAAUGUAUGGACAAGAGAGAAGGGUUCAAGAGAAGUACCCCGUUCUAACAGGUCUAGGACGCCUGAGAGGAAUGAAAGAAAUGCUGAUGCCAGACGACGAGACAAUGAGAAAGAUAAUCACAGGGAUGAUAGAACAAAAACCAGGGAUGACAACUGGAGUGACCGGAAUAGAGAUCGGGAAUCUUCUAAAGAUAACUGGAAAAGAAGGCAACCAAUUAGUAAUGACAGAGAUUCAAAAGAUGGAGAUGUUAUGUAUGAUCGUGGGAGAGACUGGGAGCAGCCAAGACAUGGUCGGGAAAGGAUUGACAAUGAGAGGCCCCAUGGUCGAAACAGAGGUGAAGCUGUAAAAACCUCAUCGAAUUUUGGCAUCUCAAACGAGAAUUAUGAUGUUAUAGAGAUCCAAACCAAGCCUCUCGAUUAUGGACGGCCAGAUUCUGCUUCCAACUUUGCUAGGAGGAGUGAGACUAGUCAUGACACAAAACCAGCAACCAAUUUUGAGGGUAGAAGGCAUGAUUCAUAUGGGUCUGGAUCUGCAGCUGAGGAUUCUAGAGAGAGAUAUGGGGAUGAUCCUACAUCAAUGCAGGAUGCUACUUCAUGGAGAGACGACAAUGAAGGCCAAGGAGGAAAAGGAAGAGGCCAGAAGGCCACUUUCUCUGGUCGUGGUGGUUCACAACCUCCAUAUGGAAACCAGGAUCAUGGUUCCUUUGGCAGAGCUCUUCCACAGGGUGUAAAAGGAAAUAGGCUGGGCAGAGGAGGAAGAGGGAGACCCGGUGGGAGAGACAAUCAACAGGUUGGACUUCCAUUGCCCAUAAUGGCAUCUCCUUUUGGACUUGGGCCUCCUCCUCCUGGUGCAUUACAGCCGCUUGGGCCUGGUAUGUCACCAGCUCCAGGUGCUCCGAUCCCCCCUGGAGUUUUUAUCCCAUCAUUUUCACCACCUCUUGUUUGGCCAGGUUCUCGUGGAGUUGACAUGAAUUUGCUUGUUGCUCCACCUUCUUUAACUCCUAUCCCUCCUGGACCUUCAGGCCCUAGAUUCCACCCUAAUUUAGGGACUCCAGCAUCAAACCCUGCUAUGUUUUUCAAUCAGGCAGGAGCUGGAAGAGGAGUUGUGCCUGGUAAUAUGCCUGGUCCUGCCUUUAAUGCUUCAGGGCCAGCAGAACGGGGGGCUCCACCAGAUAAAACCCCUGGGGGCUGGGCACCUUCUAGAGGUGGUGGGCCUCUUGGUAAGGCUCCUUCGAGGGGUGAGCAAAAUGACUACUCCCAGAAUUUUGUUGAUACUGGUAUGCGACCUCAGAAUUUUAUUAGGGAGCUGGAGCUAACUAAUGUUGUGGAGGAUUAUCCAAAACUCAGAGAGCUUAUACAGAAGAAGGAUGAGAUUGUGGCUAAAGCUGCAUCUGCUCCCAUGUAUUUACAAGGCGAUCUUCGUGAAAUUGAGCUCUCCCCUGAGUUGUUUGGGACCAAGUUUGAUGUUAUUUUGGUAGACCCGCCAUGGGAGGAGUAUGUUCAUCGUGCUCCUGGUGUUGCUGAUCAUAUGGAGUAUUGGACAUUUGAAGAAAUUUUGAAUCUUAAGAUAGAGGCGAUUGCAGAUACACCGUCUUUCCUCUUCCUUUGGGUGGGGGAUGGUGUGGGUCUUGAACAAGGUCGUCAAUGUUUGAAAAAGUGGGGGUUCCGAAGAUGUGAGGAUAUUUGUUGGGUGAAAACCAACAAAAGUAAUGCAGCACCAGGAUUGCGACAUGAUUCUCAUACCCUAUUUCAGCACUCAAAGGAACAUUGCUUGAUGGGGAUUAAAGGAACAGUUCGCCGAAGUACUGAUGGCCAUAUAAUACACGCCAACAUUGAUACCGAUGUAAUCAUUGCUGAAGAACCCCAAUACGGUUCAACUCAGAAGCCUGAAGAUAUGUAUCGAAUCAUAGAGCACUUCUCCCUCGGCCGAAGAAGGCUGGAACUCUUCGGUGAGGAUCAUAACAUCAGAGCUGGCUGGUUGACAGUUGGUAAAGAACUAUCAUCAUCAAAUUUCAGUGCUGAGACGUAUGUGAAGAACUUUGCCGACAAGGACGGAAAAGUCUGGCAAGGAGGUGGUGGCCGGAACCCUCCCCCAGAGGCACCGCAUUUGGUAGUAACCACGCCAGAUAUAGAGUCGCUUCGGCCAAAGUCGCCAAUGAAGAACCAGCAGCAGCAAUCAGCCUCGAUUUCUCUAACAGCUGCUAAUUCGUCCAGCAGGCGACCACCUGUUGCCAACUCGCUGCAGAAUCCAGUGGGAUUUGCGAUGAACCAAGAGGCGCCUAGUUCGAACCCUUCGACACCAGCUCCAUGGGCAGGACCACCUCCCUUGGAAGGAGGGUUUCGAGGGGGAGAAGGUAUGAAUAUGGCGCCUCCGGAUGAGAAGAUUUUUGAAAUGUAUGGAUUUAGUGGCCCUCCUAAUGGAGAGUACCUAGAUUUUGACACUCACAGACCGAUGAAUUUGUUGUAACAAAAACGCCAGGCUUUUGUUGUAAUUGUAACUUUUCUGUGCAAUUCUUUCUCCAAGUUAGAAAUAUAAAUGAAAGAGAGCAAGCAGAAUGUGUAUCAGCAUGGCACGGUAGAAGCCAAAUUGACGCCUAGAUCGUAACAAAUUUGCACCGAAGGUACUUCAAGUUCGUUCUGAUCAAUAAUUGACGUCCAGAUCG